AUGGGGACCUUCAACCUGUGGACAGAUUACCUGGGUUUGGCACAUCUGGUGGGGGCUCUGCGUGGGGAAGAGCCUGAGACCAGACUAGACUCCCAGCCAGAACCAAUGCCAGGACCAGGGGAUCAGAGGUCCAGCCCAGAACCUUCGCCAGGUCCAGAACGCCUGUGCUCUUUCUGCAAACACAACGGCGAGUCCCGGUCCAUCUACCAGUCCCACAUGCUCAAGGACGAGGCAGGCCGGGUGCUGUGCCCCAUCCUUCGAGACUAUGUGUGUCCCCAGUGUGGUGCCACUCGAGAUCGUGCCCACACCCGCCGCUUCUGCCCACUCACUGGCCAAGGCUACACCUCUGUCUACAGCUACACCACCCGCAACUCAGCAGGCAAGAAGUUGACCCGGCCUGACAAGGCAAGGACACAGGAUUCUGGUCACCGAGGAGGAGGAGGAGGAGCAGCAGGAGCAGCAGGAGGAGGAGCCAGUGCAGGUUCCAAAGGUGCCAGGAAGUCGUCUGGACCUUCACCCUCUUUCUGCUGCCCCUCCACUUCGGCCUAGGAGGCAGGUGCGGGGAGGACAUCCAGGAUGCUGCUUUCCCUGGCCUGGGGAUGCUGACUCCCUGAAGGCUGGAUUUCCAAGAUGCAUCUGGCCAGGAUGCUCUCCCCCCAGCCUGGGGGCUUGAGUGAGGGAACAGAGUCUGGAAACACUGCCAAAAGAGCCCUGUGAGGAAGGAGUUAGUCCUAGGACACCC